AUGAAUGUAAAUAAAUGGGAGGUCGACGAAGUGGAUAAUGACUGUUAUUUCAAAUCUACCAUACAAAUUGAAGAAAAUCAAGAUAUAGCACUAUUCAAGGAAGAAUACGAGAACACUCUUUCUACUGCCAAGGGUUUAAACAUCCAUACAACGAGCAAUAAAAUUAAAGAAACAUCAGUUAAACAACCAAAGACCAUGACUAUAAUUAAACAGGAGGAUGAUGAAAUCAGAAAUGAUUGUUUAUUUGUAUCUGAGAUAGUAAUUGAAGAAAACCAAGACUUAGAAAAUUUCAAGGACCAAGAUUUGCGUCCUCAUUGCACUGACAAUACACUCAACAGUUCUAUGAAAUAUAAUCAAAUUCAAAGUGGAGAAAAUCCAUUCAGAUCAAUUAAAAAAUACACAGUCGAAAAACCAUUUCAGUGUGAAUUAGGUUUAAAGACAAUUUCAACUGAAAAUAUAACCAAGCACAAAAGGUCACAUGAAGCCGAGAGGCUAUUUCAAUGUGAUAUUUGCAAGAAGACAUUUGCACAAUUAACACAUCUUAAAAACCACAUAAAGACGCACACGGGUGUAAAACCUUUUCAAUGUGAGCUAUGUAAAAAGACAUUUUCAUAUUCUGGAGAUUUAAAAAAGCACAAAAGGACACAUACUGGCGAGAAACCUUUUCAAUGUGAGAUAUGUAAGAAGACAUUUUCACAUUCUGGAACUAUUAAAAUUCACAAAAGGAUACAUACGGGCGAGAAACCUUUUCAAUGUGAGAUUUGUAAGAAGUCAUUUUCACAAUCUGGAGAUUUAAAAAACCAUAAAAGGACCCAUACUGGCGAGAAACCUUUUCAAUGUAAGAUAUGUAAGAAGACAUUUUCACUUUCUGGACAUCUAAAACGACACAAAAUGACACAUACUGGUGAGAAACCAUUUCAAUGUGAGAUAUGUAAGAAGACAUUUUCAGAUUCUGGAGAUUUAAAAAAGCACAAAAGGACACAUACUGGCGAGAAACCUUUUCAAUGUGAGAUUUGUAAGAAGUCAUUUUCACAAUCUGGAGAUUUAAAAAAGCAUAAAAGGACCCAUACUGGCGAGAAACCUUUUCAAUGUGAGAUAUGUAAGAAGACAUUUUCACUUUCUGGACAUCUAAAACGACACAAAAGGACCCAUACAGGUGAGAAACCUUUUCAAUGUGAGAUAUGUAAGAAGACAUUUUCACAUUCUGGAAAUCUAAAUAAACACAAAAGGACACAUACUGGCGAUAAGCCUUUUCAAUGUGAGAUGUGUAAGAAGUCAUUUUCACAAUCUGGAAAUUUAAAAAAGCACAAAAUAACGCACACUGGCCAGAAACCUUUUCAAUGUGACAUAUGCAAGAAGACAUUUUCACGUUCUGGACACCUAAAACGACACAAAAUAACGCACACUGGCGAUAAGCCUUUUCAAUGUGAGAUAUGUAAGAAGACAUUUUCACUUUCUGGACAUCUAAAACGACACAAAAUGACACAUACUGGUGAGAAACCAUUUCAAUGUGAGAUAUGUAAGAAGACAUUUUCAGAUUCUGGAGAUUUAAAAAAGCACAAAAGGACACAUACUGGCGAGAAACCUUUUCAAUGUGAGAUUUGUAAGAAGUCAUUUUCACAAUCUGGAGAUUUAAAAAAGCAUAAAAGGACCCAUACUGGCGAGAAACCUUUUCAAUGUGAGAUAUGUAAGAAGACAUUUUCACUUUCUGGACAUCUAAAACGACACAAAAGGACCCAUACAGUUUUUAGACUCAACGCCAUAAUAAGCCAUCCUGGAUGGAAGCAAAUCGACCAUAUCGAAGGCAAAGGUCAAUGCUCUGCAAAUUCAUUUUCCGGCAAGGAUCUGUUUGUACCCAUCGAAGAACCCGAUUAUUUCUACGUAACCGACGAAAAUGUCUACACAAAAUACUGGAUGACUGCUCGAUUGAUUGGAUCGUUGGGUUCAAUAGAAAACAGUCAUAUGAUGUUUGACUGUAUAACCGAUGCGUUGAGUUUUCUAGAAGAAUCGUUGGAUAAAUUACGUGGACGCCAGUCGAAUAUAAAUCUAUAUUUGAAUCCGACUAACAUAGGACUCAUAAAGAAAAUUGUAUUUCUAAUCCGCAACGCGAAGCAAACCAUUAAACUUUACAACAACGAAAACCCUCAGACUUUGAGUGUGCAUCAGGGCUGCAUUAUUCAUUCCGUCGAAGAAGCUCAAACAGAAAUUGAAAAUCUUAUAAACAAGGUCAUCAAUAAUUACUACGGAGAAUUAGGUUUCCUGAAAGAAGAAAAACUGCCGGAAAUUCACUUAAUGUAA